AUGUCCCCCAAUGUGUUCAAAAUUCCCAAUGGCACUUCAACACCCAUUGAUGUGCCUGAGACCACUGAGGCAGUGACAGAUGUGUUCAGCAAUUUGUACAGCUUGGUGAAUUUUUCUCCCAACAGUUUGCCCCCCAAAUGGGCCACUCCUGCUGCUUUCACUAUGCCCUCCACCAUAGACCCUGCUUUACUCUCCCUCAAUGCUUAUCCCCCUCCUGAUGUCCCAGCCAACGAUGUUCCCAUCACUGAGAUGAUUAGGCAUGAUGCAGACAUCGACUUCCAUUCAAUUCUGACUUUCCACAACACCCUACAAGCUAUCAUCUAUGCACUGGACCAUUUCCUUGCUGAACAAGUUGUGUCUGAGAAGGUCCUUGGAAAAUGGAAGAGGGAGGACUAA